AUGCCCGCUGCUCCCCGGCUCCAGGCGCGGUCCCUGCAGCCCUCCAUGCCCGCUGCUCCCCGGCUCCAGGCGCGGUCCCUGCAGCCCUCCAUGCCCGCUGCUCCCCGGCUCCAGGCGCGGUCCCUGCAGCCCUCCAUGCCCGCUGCUCCCCGGCUCCAGGCGCGGUCCCUCCAUCCCUCCAUGCCCGCUGCUCCCCGGCUCCAGGCGCUCCAGGUGCGGGGCACGGCCAGGCCAGUGCGCAGGCGCGGGGCGCCGCUGGGAGCCGCCAUGCUGUACGGCAGGCGCAUGCCGGGGCGCGGGCGGCCCAUAAAAGGGGCGGCGGGGGCAGUGUGGUCCCACAGAGGGACCCGUGACGGAGACGGAGGGUGGGUGAGCGGGAGGAGGUGGCAACGCGGGAUGGCGGAGGGCGGCGACCGCGUUAUUAUCGAGGAUUUUCUGCUGGUGGAAGAUGCGCUUCUGCUGGAAGAGAUGGCUGAGGAGGAUGAGGAGCUCGACCUGUACAACGAGAUGACUUUUGGGUUAGAGGAGGAUGUCCCAAAACUCCUGGUGAUACCGGAGAUAAGCCCUGAGGUGGCCCAAGCCCUGGUAGAAGCAACUGGAAGAGCAGCUGAGCAGCUGGAGGAGCUGGCCGAGGAGGAAGGUGGGAUAGAGCCAGAGAUGGAGCAGGUUAACUCUCAGUUGGAAGAGGAGGUAGAGGAGCUGGGGACUGAGGAACAGGAGGAAGAUCAGGAGUGCUUUGAGGAGCCCAGUGAACUGGGAGACCCAGCAGUGAUGAGAGCUGUGCGGAGCAAACCCACGCUGGAGAGCCAGGACUCCGCGGUGCUGGACAGUGGGAUUGGGAGUUGCUGGGAAGAGUUUGGCAAGGAGGACAUGCUGGCCAUGGAUCCCACGGCAUGGGGCUCCUGCCCUGGCAGUGUCCCGCGCCACCUCAUGCUGGAGGAUAAAGCCAUCCUCCAGGUCCUGGAGAGAACUCCACCAUCUACCAACAUGGCUCUUGACUUCCUUGGCUCUCCUGUGCAGAGGGGCUAUGGGGGCUCUUCCCGGCUCAAGUGCCCUGACUUAAGACUGAUGUCCCCCAAGCCUUUCCCCCAGUGCUUUCUCCAGCAGGCACCCCUGAUAUCCCCUCGCUCCCCGUGCUCUCCUCAACCCUUCUCGCCGGCUUGCAGACCCCCUGCACUCUUCACUCCCAACCAGGCAGCAGGGUAUGUGCCUCCAACCCCUUUCCAGCCUGGGUCCCCCCCCGUGGGCAGCCCACCGCGGCCCCUGGGCGUGCACUUCAGGCCCAUGUCCUCUGCUUUGGACCCUGCUCUCUUCUUCAGCCCCUCAGCCACGGGCCAGCUGAACUUCAGCACACCCAGCCACAUGACCCAGCUGCACCCGCAGCACCAGCGCAUCCUGAUGCAGCGGCAGGGCAGGCAGGUGCAGAGUGUCUCCUCCAAGAAGCUGUGGUCUCGGAAAGUGGACCCUUAUGCUGGGCUGAUGACUUCCAAGGAGAAGGACUGGGUUGUCAAGGUGGAGAUGAUGCAGCUGCAGAGUGAGAAUAUAGAUGAUGACUACUACUACCAGACCUACUACCACUGGCUGGAGCGCAAACAGGCAGAGGAGGAGCUGCUGGGCAGGCGCAACAAGCCCCCCAAGCUAGUCACUCCAUUCAUCCAAAAAGUGGAGACCUAUGACUCUGUGGUGCGCAUCGCGGGCUCACUGGGCCAGGUCACAGUGUCCACCUGCUACAGCCCCCGCCGGGCCAUUGAUGCUGUGCACCACGCCCUCGUGGAGGAGGAGGCUGCAGGGACCCACCGGCUGCGGGCACUGCACAGGAUCGAGAAGCUCUUUCUGCAGCUGUUGGAAGUAGAGGAGGUGCAACAGAAAAUGUCCCUGGGGGAGCAACAGCCCCAGAAGCAGGAGCAGAAGAGCCAAAAAGUGGAGAGUAUCUACCAAGCCUUGAAAAUCAGGGCUUGCAGCAGUGAAGAGGAGGCAGAAGAUGAAUUCCUGCAACUGCUGUGUGUGCGGAAGGGCAAGAAGCUCGUGGCCCGGCUGCUGCCCCACCUGAUUGGAGAGCAAAGGGAGAAGAUUCUGCUGGCAAUCACAUACCACCUGCCCUUCCUCAUGAAGAAGGACAUUCUGGAUGAGUCUCUCCCCCUCCUCUACAGCCCAUUGAAUGAGGUGGUGGGUGAGAUGACCUUCAGCAAACUCAUCGAGGUCCUGCAGGAGCUCACCCGGCCUCUACCCGAGUCUUCGGAGCUCCCCCUCACCAUGGCCUUGAAGAACCAGUUUGGCAUCUCCUUGCUCUAUUCCCUGCUGAGCCACGGAGAGAGGCUGCUGUCCUCACAUGCGCCACUGAAGCCGUGCAGAGGGGACUUCGAGGCGUGGACGGACACGGUGUACCUGAUAUCCCAGGAGCUGUCACACAUGCCUGCAGCCUCGCUGGCAGAGCCUCUCUUCUUGCCCAGCAACCUUGUCCUGCUCUUCUGCCGCUACCUGGACAAGCAGACUGUCUACCACCUGGCAACCAAGAUGGCUGAGUGCUCCCCGCUGCCCACGGAGGCUGACGUGCUCUGCUGAGCCCUGGGAGCUGGGGCUGGGGUCUGCAGCCGGAGGGGCAGGGCCGAUGCCGUGGCUCUGGAAGUGAGCACUUACCCUGGUGCGGGGCACUCUGGGUGACACGGGCAGGGGCGGGGCUGGCACCAAGGGGCUGAUGCCACCCUGUCCCAGUGCCUGG